CAUUUGUAAAGGACAGCUCGAGACAGAUUGUGUACAGCACAGAAAGAGACAGCAAGUCAUACAGAGGUCUAAUUACCGAAUAAAACCGUGUGAAACGUUUAACAACUUUACUGGCAAUGGGUUGUUACGAAUGCUGUGUGAAAUGCUUGGGCGGGAUUCCCUAUGCCUCUCUCUUCGCCACCCUGCUCUGCUUUAGUGGGGUGGCUCUGUUCUGCGGCUGUGGGCACCAGGCACUGACUGAGACAGAGCGGCUCAUUGAGACCUACUUCUCUCGAAACCUGCAGGACUACAACUCACUGGCCUAUAUAAUCGUGUAUUUCCAGUAUAUUAUCUAUGGGACUGCUUCUUUCUUCUUCCUGUACUGCAUCAUCCUGCUGGCAGAGGGCUUCUACACCACCAGUGCUAUCAAGGAGACAUUUGGAAACUUCAGGUCCACCUUCUGUGGGAGAUGCCUGAGCACCAUGUUUAUUGCAGUGACCUACCUGCUUGCAGUGAUCUGGCUUCUGGUGUUUGCCUGUGCUGCACUGCCUGUCUAUAUUUUCUACAACAUGUCGUCAACCUGCCAGACCAUUACCAUCCUGUCUGAGACCAGCUCAGGACUCAACCAGCUCUGUGUGGACACCAGGCAAUACGGUGUCUUGCCCUGGAACGCUACACCUGGAAAAGUCUGUGGGAUGACACUGGUAGCUGUUUGUAAAACUAAAGAGUUUGACAUGACCUUUGACCUGUAUAUAGCAGCCUUUGCAGGGGCCGGAGCGACUCUUGUUGCACUGCUCACCUACAUGAUGUCCACAACCUAUAACUUUGCUGUGCUGAAGUUUCUGGGGCGCCAGGGUAUCUGCACUAGGUGCUAGUUUCUCUGGUCUCAAACUGUCUCUUAACACACCGCUGAGCUUCAAAUUGUGGUCUAGUACAGUUGGGACUUUUUCGAAAAGAUGUCAGGAGUUGAAUGAAACUCUUUCAUAUAAACUGUUCAUAUUUUUUAUUUGACAUUUUUACAAAGUUGUGAUAAAAUAUCCAAUAAAAUAUUCCAAAUUUAAGAUUAGAUAUCCUUAAAUUAUAUUUAAAUAUCUGUCAGGUAAGAGUGGAUUAAAUCUCCUUCCCAAUUCAGGAAGUCCAGCUGCUGCCUUUCUGUUUUAAAAGAUUGGAUAAAAGCUGCUAAUUUUAUUAACUAAAUAAAUAAACAAAUUAUGAUAAGGCUUUUGAAUCAAUUAUAUUAUAAUAUGCUGCUGACUGUACUAGGCUUAAAUGAGGGUAUAACCUGUACUUUACAUGCUUUGUUCUGUGUGAAAUGAAAGAUUUCUUGGUCCCUUUUCCCUGUCUGCACAGAUCUCUCACUGUUGUCCUUGCACAUUCCAUUGAUCAAUUUUAUACUGUAAUUCCUGAUGGAUUACUGCUGCCAGCUAUGUUUCGAGGGCCUGUUAACUAAAGUUUGUUUUUGAAGCAGCAGAUGGUAAACCAUACAUGCUGGUUACCAUGACAUCACUUUUGUCUCAAGCUUACUUUCACAGCAUCUCUUAUAGCUAAUGCCAAGUGGUUCUGGUAGCUGCAGACUUGACUGUAGCCUGAUUGGUCUCAUAUCUGGGAUACUGUGUGUGGGAUAAAUUCUAAGUAUUAGCCUAGUGUUCCAUCUUAAAAUUAAGAAUUUGUAUACGACUAUUCGUGGGACUGAUAUUGAAAGCACACGGAAAGAAAUUAAUCAGGUAAGUGUAAAUGUGCUUCAGUUAUAGCACGCCAAUCCGACCACCUUUUCGUUCUUCUGAAAAGCGUAGAUAACAAAGGGUGCUACCAUAUGAGUUUGGGUCUAACACCCUGGCUAAAAAACUGAUUUUGACAGUUGCUUUUGGAUGGUUAUCAGAACCCCCUUAAAUUAAUGUACAGUUGAGAUCAUUAGACCUCAUUUUGCUUUACAUCAAAAGUUAGAGCCAAUUUCUUGGGCACUAGAAGUGUUUCUUCAAAUUCCAUGUAUUCCAGAACUCACCUUUUGUGCAUUUCCAUUUCUUAAGUAGGUAUCACAUUUCAGAUCAUUAUUAAAACAGGUAUUUUAUUGUAAUACAGAAAUAAUUGUUCCUCCUGGUGUCAACUGCAUCAUCAAUGUGACCCAGGUAUAACAGAGUGAAACUAUAUCCUGUUGAUGAAGCAGCUGAAUGAUCGCAAGUUGGACGUUCUGUUCCAGAUUUUUGUUCCCAACUUCCAUCAAGGCUACGACACAGGGAAGAGAGUGAUGUAGGAGGAUUUCAAAGCCUUGCUGACUGCAUUAGUAGCUUAUUUUGUUCUGAACCUACCCAAAGCUAAAUGUGCAAAAACACUUAUUGUGUACCCAUGAAUCUUUCUGCAGCACUUAACUAUAAUAUAAUAACCAGAUUCUAUAAACUUUCAUAACAGGAGCUUUUUGUGGAAGGUGCUAUUGCAAGGGGCAUUGUUAAGGUUUAACUGUAUUCAACCCCUUUUAACAAUCUUUUUUAAUUUAUUGCUAAACACAAAAGUGUGCAUUUGUAUAUAUUAACUACUGUAGCUCUACAGCACUUGUGUGGCUAUUAAAGUAGUGCUUGUUACAUCAUUAGUGGUGUUUUAUAUGAAAAAGGAAGGUUCUGGCUUUAAAGAUGUUGACUGUUACUGUAAUUGAACUGUAAGGCUGAAAUGUGUCAGUAGGCGGGUAUUUUUGGUAAUAAAAGAUGGUCAAAGAUGGUAA